AUUCGCCAGAAGACAGAGAACCAAGAUGAGCAUUGACGCGCUUCCGAAACGACUAGGUGCUCCGCCGCAGCUGGAUCCGCGCAUCAUGCGCAUGGACUCCUUCCAGGACGAGAAUCAACACCAGCCUUUCUUCCUCGAGAAGGGCCUCUUCGACAUGGAGUUGGACCCGUUCAACUUCGAGCUCGACGACUUGGACCUGACAGACGACUACGAUGAAAACUCGGCACCAACUGCCAACGUCAACGCCCAAGUUGUCAGCAUGUCGCCAAGCAUGCGCAACGUGCACAUGGGAGGGCUUGCCACGUAUCCCAACCAAUACCUCAACUACGACUGGGCUAUGAUUACGCAGAAGCGAGAGCUAAGCCAAAUCGCCCCACUCCCGUGCACAUUCGACGACGAAGCACCCAAGAACGACGACAAAGAAAAACAAAAGCGAAUUCCCUUUGCCCCCUGCAUUGCGGCGCAUUCAAACAGGGGCAACGCCCAACGACCAAGUGUCACACAGCGUUUACCAGAUCCUGUCGUCAAGGAAGAGUCAGUCAUCAAAGCCGAGCCGCUGGUAUGUCGAUUGACCAUUUCCGCACAGCCGUUCACACCCAGCGACUCAAGCGAGAUGUCUUUCUACUCACCAUCUGGCGCUGCGCGAAAGAUCUGCCUCCAAGCAGGGUGUUCGAACCGCGCCCGGUCCCACCAACGAUGCAAGAAGCAUGGUGGUGCUCGUCAAUGCACGUUUGAUGGGUGUGUCAAGAACAGCCAAAGCCGCGGAUUGUGCAUUGCCCACGGCGGGGGCUCUCGAUGCCGCUUUGAAGGCUGCAAGCGCGCAUCCCAAUCGCGUGGACUGUGCAAGUCUCACGGUGGAGGAAAAUUUUGUGCUGUCGGGGGUUGCAAGAAGAAGGCUCAUUUGAAGCAGCUAUGCCGCAUGCAUGGCGGCGGCGAGCGGUGCAAGGUGAUCAAGUGCUUGAAGUGGGCACAGAAAAAGGGGUGGUGCAUGGCCCAUGCCAAGGAAAUGGAGCACUGAGCAUUUCGUCCGACAGAAUUGCAAACACAAUGUACACCAUGCCUACACGACGCGACUGCCGACUCCACUGCCGCGGCGCUUCCAUUCCCUGGUGCCAUCCAAAUACGAGCCAGCCCCCACCCUGCAUCUGAUGAUUAUUGAAAUAUGCACCCUCGUCGUAGUGCAGGACAUGUAUGCUAUGAACUAAAUUGUCGCGCGGUUGACCUCCAAAGCCGACCGCCGGCACUUCCUUUGCUAACAUUCAGCGACGGCGCUGAUUUGUU